AUGAAGCUCCAGGCAUGGUCAAUCCGAGUCUGGAUGCGACUCAGUUGUUCAUCCCUCCAUAAUAAACCACGAUCAAGCGUCCGAAACUUCUCCGCUUCUUCACACCCUCAAUACAGACCUGUCAACAUCCUCGAAAAUGCCACCCUGGAGACCUUCCAGCAGCGAUGCUUCCUCCCCGAACAACCAGCAAUCCUCCCGCGCUCUACCUUCCAAGACCUCCCCGCCCUGAAACAGUGGUUCAAACGCGCGAGUCCGGAGUCAACACCGGGCACCUCGAACCCCGGCGCAAGCCUGAAUGUGGAAUAUCUCCGCCAACACGGCGCCGACGCGUUCGUCCCACUCGAGCUCACGGAAUCCACAUCGACUGAUGCUACAUCCAAACCCAACGGUGAGAGAGCAGAAAUUCAUACCUUUCGGCAAUUCCACGCGCCGCUCACGCUGUUCCUCGACUGGAUGCGCACAGCCGAGACAACUCCCCAAUCAACGCGGCUUUACCUAGCACAAUGCCAGCUCCUUGACCUCCCUCUUAUCCUCAGAGAAGAUUUCCCCACGCCGGAGCUCGUGGCGUGCGCGGGAAAGGGCGAUGUAUAUGAUACGAAUGUGUGGAUUGGACACCCGCCCACUUACACGCCGCUUCACCGCGACCCGAACCCGAACUUGUUUGUCCAGCUAGCUGGGGAGAAGGUUGUGCGGCUGCUUGCGCCGGCGGAUGGACAGGCUGUGUUCGGGGCUGUGAGGAGGCAGCUGGGGAAGAGUGGGAGUCGGGAGGCAGCGGCUUUCCGGGGCGAGGAGAUGAUGCAGGGGAGGGAAAGGGCGUUGUUAGAUGAGAUGGUUUGGGGGACUCCGGUGUCCGCUGGUUCGGAUGCUGGGGUUGGCUUUGAAGCGUCUCUUGGGGCUGGUGAUGGGUUGUUCAUUCCCAAGGGGUGGUGGCAUAGUAUUAAGGGUGUUGGUGAAGGUGUUACGGCUUCGGUGAUUUACCGCGCUGCUCUCCUCCACCUAUCCGUCAACCCAUUCGUGCGCGCCACAAUCCCAGCCGGCUCAACUACCUGGACAUCCCUCAACGCGCCAACCACCCAACCACCAAACACCCGACUGUACAGCAUCCUCUUUCCACAGUGCACAACGAGCUUCAAAGCGUCAGACUGCACGCACCAAACCCGCACAAUGUGUGACUCAAGCACAACCUCGAACUCCAACUCCAACUCUGCGGCCGCUGCGUCUUCAAACCCGGCAACACAAAACCAAAAUGCAGACGCCCAAAACCAACAGACCCAAGAACAAGAACAAGAACCUGAAAAGCACCUCUACCUCCCCGCCAGCGACCCCUCAAACCCCAUCGCAAACCAACAAGGCGACGGGAGUAUCAAACUCGACAUGAGCGGAGGCGGGACAGCGGUGAAACUGGAUCAUCUGGGUCCGAUGGUUGUUAACGUGGACGGGACGUUGUCGCAGAUUGGGAAUUGGCAGCAGAUGACGGAGAUUGAGAAGAGUAAUACUCUGCGCGUUCUUGGGAAGCGGAAUCAGAAGCGGUUGGAGGCUUUGAGGGCUAAGGAGGCGGAGGGAGGAUCGGGUGAAGCUUGA